AUGGAAACUUUUAUUGACAAAACUGGUAAUUGUAAAUUAGUUAGCAUUCCGAUUCAAGGUAAAGUUUCCUCAACAACAAAGCUAUCUACAGGACUCAGACCCGGAUUUUCCACCCGCUCUAAACGAAGACAAUCUCUAUUAACCUACCCAGCCCAAGAUAUUUUGGUAAAUCCGCACCCUCCAAGUUUUUUGGUUCGAAUGGGUAAGUACAUAAAAGCAUUCUAUAUGACUACCCUAGGUAUACAAUUUACGCUCAUUCAGUGCCUGAACACUGCCGUGGCUUCCCUAUUGAUUUCCUAUGUACAUAGCGUUUCACCGUUAGAGACAAGCCUAAUAAGACUCAUUCUGCAGCUAUUUAUUAGUAUACCGUCACUCCUGUAUUAUGGGGAUCCCUUUUGGCCUAAUAAAACUGAGUUUUGGCCCAUCAUGAUUCGGUCUGUUACUAGUACCGUAGGCAUCACCUGCAUGAUCUAUUCUUAUGCCUAUAUGCCAAUUUCAGAUGCAAAUGCUGUCACGCGUACCUCACCUAUAUAUGUUAUUUUACUCGGCAGGUUAUUUCUUCCAGAAAGGGUCUUUCCAUUUGACUUGGUGAUAAUAUUUGUGAUGUUGAUAGGCAUGAUUCUCAUAACCCGCCCUGAUUUCUUGUUCGGCAUAUUGCCCGGUGAAGCUGGGAAACUUUGGCCGCAAAAAAAUAUUGGCAUCGCCUUUUCCAUGUCUUCCGCCAUUACUAUAUCAAUCUCGAUGAUCUCUAUCAAGAUGGCUCGUACACCUCUAGCUCUCAACAUGUUCAAUUUUAGUGUGGUGGGGAUAGCUAUUUUGGUAUGCGUAGGCGUACCCCUAAAGCUUUUUGUAUGGCCACCCUGUUACGGACCCGAUAAGUGGUACCUUUUGGGUGCAUCUAUUUGUGGCGCCCUAAGUCAGGUUUUUCUUUAUCUAAGUCUAAAGUAUGAAAAUGCCGGCAUAGUUGCCGCCAUAAAUUCAACCGCAAUUCUUUACAGCCUCCUUCUUCAGAUUAUAUUCCUCAAACAAGUACCCAUGUGGAACAGCUGGGCCGGGGCAGCAAUUAUAACGCUUGCUAUCGUUGGUUAUGGGCUUCGUAAGUGGACCAUGAACAGAGAAAAGGGUCCUAUGAUAUCUAAGCAUAUUUUUUAG